CUGCAAGCGCCUUUUUCCUUGCGUUAUUCAGCACCAGUCAGUACAAAACUGGGUGCAGUACUUUAUUUGUUUAUUGAAGGAUGUUUGAUUGACAUAAUAUUUCUUAUGGACUUUUCUGGAGGAACCGAAGACAAGCGAUCGUCGUACUUAAAAUUGGCUUCUUCAUUAAUCCAAGAAGCGCAACUUGGUCCCAAUGCAACUCAGGUUGGUAUGGUGCGUUAUUCUGGACCUGGACGGACAGAUACGGUUUUCCAUCUGAACAAGCAUUCCAACCUGACAAAACUAGUUCAAGAAAUGAUGGGUGCUCCACACAUGGGUGGUACAACUCGUACUGGUGAAGCUAUCUUAUAUGCAGUAGAAGAGUUCGCAGAGAGGCAUGGUGGGCGGAAGAAUUCGAACAAAAUUUUGGUUGUAUUUACGGAUGGAUACUCACAGGACGACCCUCUCGAAGCCGCACAAACAGCCAGAAAACAGGGCAUUACCAUCCACGUCGUAGCUGUCGACGAUGAAGCUGUUCCACCAAACCGGGAACAAUUGAAUGAAAUCGCCAUGAACCAAAAGGUAGGUCCUAUUAUCUCUCCGUCAAGCUGA